UCAUCAACACUCUAGCUCAAUUAUUUUAUAUAAGGAUUUUGGAGGAAAUCAAAUCUCAUUCUCAGCAAAAAUUUUUAUUUCAUUUCUCAAUUCUCAUCCCCAAUCUAUGGCUUCUUUUGGUAAACAUUUGUUUUUCUACUUCCUUCUAGUUCUCUUCUCCUCUAGUCUAAUCCAUGCUAGAGAGAGCAAGUUCUUUAGUAAGUUUACCCAUUAUAGCAUCACAAACAAUGCUAAAGAGAGUAAUCUUUCACCCAUUGAAGCACCUGCGCCAACCCCAGCUGUAGCAUUAGCCCCAACACCAACAACAGCACCAGCACCAGCACCAAUCUACACUCUGAGUGAAAUUGGUGAUCAUGGCCUCUAUGGUCAUGGUUCUGGCCUUUUUCCUCCAACAAAGGAGACUACAACAGAAAAUGAGCUCUUGAAUGAAGAAUUUGAUGGCGAAACGUAUGAGAAAGCGUAUCAAACUAGCAACUUCAACAACAACAAUGGAAAUUACAACUACAAUAAUGGCUACAAGCUUGCCAGCGAAAGCCAUGAGACAGGAAAUCAAAACAAUUACAAUGGCUACACUGGAAGGUACAAUAACAAUGGAUAUGAGCUUGCUAGCGGUAGCUAUGAGAAAGGAUAUAAUCAGAACAACAGGAAUAGCUACACCAGCAACUACAACGUUAACAAUGGCUACUUGACUGAUCAGCGACAAGGAAUGAGCGAUACAAGAUUUAUGGAAGGUGGCAAGUACUAUUAUAAUGUGAAGAAUGAGAAUUCUUAUUAUCCUGCUAAUAUUUAUGCGCCAAGGAAGGUAAGUACUCAAAAUCAAGGUUAUUAUGGAAAUUCUGAGAACCAAAAUGAGUUCAACUCUAUGGAGUUUGAGAACCAAGAGUUAUACGAUGAGGAUAGCCAAGAGGAGUCACUGCCUUGAAAUGUAUAUAUAUAUCUUGACAAGAUGUGUAUUACAGGAAAAGAUUAAUGAAACAGCAGACUUUGAUAUAUUUAAAAGUA